AUGACUGAAAUUCCUGUAACUAUCGAUUUUUCGGGUGGUUCCGAGUUUCUUGUGAAAUCCAAAGAGCAAAAAGUCAAAAUUCCUGCAGGUAAUUUUUUCUGAAAAAGCUUAAAAUCAAGAUUUUCCCCUUCCAGAGUCCACCCUCCUUCAAGUCCUAAAAUUCGUCAAAGACAACUUGGUAGUCGAUUUUGACAGGAUAAAUAUGCUGUUUAAUGAUGACGUCACAGAGGUUGCACAUGGUGAGUAGAUGAAAAAUUAUGAAAUUUAUGAAUUUUCCCCCCAGGCGUGAUAAUUCUGAUCAACGACACCGAUUUUGCGUUGCUUUCCGAAUACGAUACAAUUAUUGAAGCUGGAGAUCGAAUAACUUUUGUCUCAACACUUCAUGGAGGAUAA